AUGAAUACGAAACGCGCGUCGCGCACGAUCGUCUGCCUCGUCCUCGGCAUCUUUCUCGACGCCCUCGGCGGUGCGCGCGCGCAGGCGACGCGCGCGCGCCAGAGAGCGCCCGAGACGGCGUGCGCGCCAAUCGCCCCCGUGCAGCCGUUCAACCUCACCGAGUACGUCGAUCGAGAGUGGUACGUGGUGGCACAAAAACCGACGUCGUACCAGCCGCGUCGCGAUCUGUUUUGCGUGCGAGCGAAUUACACGCUCGUGGAUGCGCAGACGAUUUCAAUUUGGAACACGGCGAGGAGAGACGGCGUCUCGGGACGCGAUAGAAAUGCCCGAGGGUUGUUUAAGCUCCGAGGAAUCGUGGAAGACGUCGAAACUCCAUCAAAACUCGUCGUUGGUUUGAACUUUUUACCAUCGUUCACCUAUGGUCCGUACUGGGUCGUCGCCACGGACACAACACCGGAAUCGGACGAGUUUGCGGAGCGCGGCUACUCGUGGGCCAUCAUUAGCGGCGGGCCGCUGACGACACCGAGAGGCGAUGAAGGGUUGUGUGAGCCAUCCGGCGGACUUUGGUUGUUCGUGCGCGAUCCGCUCGUUUCCAAAAAUGUUGUGGAUCAGAUAAAAGCGACCGCUCGAGAGCUCGGGAUCGACACAAGCGUACUUUUACCAGUCGACCAAGAAGGGUGCACGUAUCCGCGUUGA